AGGCUGUGAGGGCUGCUGAAGAUGUCCGAUAGUCUGGAUGUUGAAGAGAAACCUCCAGCCCCACCGUUGAGAAUGAACAGCAACAAUCGCGAUUCUUCAGCGCUAAACCACACUUCCAAACCGCUCCCCAUGGCCCCUGAGGAGAAGAACAAGAAAGCCAGGCUUCGCUCCAUCUUCCCAGGAGGAGGGGAUAAAACCAACAAGAAGAAAGAGAAAGAACGUCCUGAGAUCUCUCUUCCUUCCGACUUUGAACAUACCAUUCAUGUGGGAUUUGAUGCUGUCACUGGAGAAUUCACACCAGAUCUCUAUGGCUCACAGAUGUGCACAGGGAAGCUCCCAGAGGGCAUUCCAGAGCAGUGGGCCAGGCUACUACAGACCUCCAACAUAACAAAACUGGAGCAGAAGAAGAACCCACAAGCUGUUCUAGAUGUUCUCAAAUUUUAUGAUUCCAAAGAAACAGUUAACAACCAGAAAUAUAUGAGCUUUACGUCAGGAGAUAAAAGCGCCCACGGAUACAUAGAAGCCCAUCCUUCGAGUACGAAAACAGCAUCAGAACCCCCGCUAGCUCCCUCUGUUUCUGAAGAAGAGGAUGAAGAUGAUGAAGAAGAGGAAGAUGACAAUGAACCUCCACCUGUUAUUGCACCACGGCCAGAACAUACAAAAUCAAUCUACACACGCUCUGUAAUUGAACCUGCCGCUGCACCAGCACCAGCUAAAGAAGCCACCACUCCCCAACCUGAAAACUCCAACACAAACACUUUGUACAGAAACACAGACCGGCAGCGAAAAAAAUCCAAGAUGACAGAUGAGGAGAUCCUAGAGAAACUGAGGAGCAUUGUGAGCGUAGGAGAUCCUAAGAAGAAAUACACUCGAUUUGAAAAAAUUGGCCAAGGGGCAUCGGGAACUGUUUAUACAGCAAUCGACAUCGCCACAGGACAAGAGGUGGCCAUAAAACAAAUGAAUCUCCAACAACAGCCCAAAAAGGAACUAAUUAUUAAUGAAAUCCUGGUCAUGAGGGAAAAUAAGAACCCCAAUAUUGUAAACUAUUUAGACAGCUACCUAGUCGGUGAUGAACUCUGGGUGGUUAUGGAAUACUUGGCUGGAGGCUCUUUAACUGAUGUUGUUACAGAGACGUGUAUGGAUGAAGGGCAGAUAGCAGCUGUCUGUAGGGAGUGCCUGCAAGCACUGGAUUUCCUUCAUUCAAACCAAGUGAUUCACAGAGACAUCAAAAGCGACAAUAUUCUUCUCGGGAUGGACGGAUCUGUCAAAUUGACCGAUUUCGGCUUCUGUGCUCAGAUCACCCCUGAGCAGAGUAAACGGAGCACAAUGGUUGGGACUCCUUAUUGGAUGGCACCAGAAGUGGUGACAAGAAAAGCAUACGGCCCCAAAGUGGACAUCUGGUCACUGGGGAUCAUGGCAAUAGAAAUGGUGGAAGGAGAACCUCCUUACCUUAAUGAAAAUCCUCUCAGGGCGCUGUAUCUGAUAGCUACGAACGGGACACCAGAGCUGCAGAACCCCGAGCGACUCUCUGCUGUGUUUCGUGACUUUCUGAACUGCUGCCUGGAGAUGGACGUGGACAGGCGAGGGUCUGCCAAGGAACUUCUGCAGCAUCCAUUUUUAAAAUUAGCCAAGCCUCUCUCCAGUCUGACUCCUCUGAUCAUUGCAGCAAAGGAAGCGAUUAAGAACAGCAGCCGCUAGCACUUCAGGCCGGCUUUCUCCCAUGCUCAGAGCAGGACUGAGAACAAAAACUCUAUAAAACCUCAACUCUUGUGCUGCAGGACAGAUGGACGGAUGAACAAACCAACGGUCACAGUCAUGGCGGUAGGAGGGAGAACAACCCAGUCCCUCAAGGAGUAAAAAAUUAUCAUUUGUCUUCUUCCUGCUUUCUGGCUCCUUAAUUUAUUUUUAAGAUGAAACAGGGCUUAAGACAGAGAGGUAAUGACCGAAAAUGCUUUGCUGCCUCAGCCAUUUCCAAGGUAAAGCAGAUUCAGCUGGAAGAUUCCCUUCCUUCUCACCCUGUGAAUAAGCUGUACAUUCACUUUUAAAUUGUCAGUUGUUUCUUAAAGGCGGAAAGUCCCUUUUAUGUUUGGUUUUUUUUUUUUGGUACGGUUUGGCAUUGGAGACGGGUCUCCUUCAUUCAUAAACUCCAGACUGCACUGCCUUUUUAAUAGUCCGCUCAGCUGGUGUUUGCCCAGUCAUGGUACUUCUAGAUGAGGAAAAAAGUGCGUUUCCAACCAAAAAGGAAUCAAGAAUGUGGCAGACAAAACAUCCUGUUGAGAUACAGGCUUUCAACUGUGAAUAUAUAGUGUUUUGGUUCUUGACAAUUUGAUUUGUAUAACUAAUUGUGAUUUCUUUGCCUGGAUGAGUCUUACUGAAAUGAAAAAGCAGAAAGCUCAGUCAGUGCGCUCAGAAAGGGCUGUAUGAGAAAUGUGAGGUGCCUGGAGCCAAGCCCCAGCAGGGCCCUCGCAGAGCACGGCGCAGCCCCAGCCGCCGCACGCCCAGGCUGGAGGAAGGCGCCUGGAGCAGCAGGAGGCAGGGACUGGCCCUGGGCACUGGCCUCCUCCUGGCACCGGACUCAUCCUCCCCCGUCAGAGCCAGCCUGGCGGCGCGCUGCUCCCGAGGUGAGUCGUGGCUGGAACGGUGCAGACUGGCGGGAUGAGCUGUCCUGAGCUGUGCAGGAGCAGAGAAGGGCAAACAGAGCUGAGUGGUGGUGUCACCUCUGAGGAUGCCUACUCUCCUGGUCGUCUCGUAGCUCCCAGGAAAGGUCAGUAGCGUCUGCGCCGCCCUCGGCAGAGCGGGAGGGAGCAGGGCUCUCUGCAGGCUCGGGCACAGGUGAGUGUCCUUUAGGCACACGACUUCUGCCACAGAAACUGAGCCUGGCACGAGAGAGUGACACCUUCCGCGGCUCAGAUCCGCCCGCGCCGGGGCAGCAGCAGCUCUGGAGGGAAGCUCAUGAAAAGCUGGAGCUGGGCGAGGGCAGAGGAGAUGCAGAGCGAUGGCAGAAACACCGAGAGGCAUCACGCCAGCCCCUGCCUGCUGAACACAGCUCGGCCUCGCUGGGAGGGAGGGAACGCGGGGGGUGACUGAGGAUGGGGUCUGGUUAGUCAACUGGUGUGUGAGGGAGCAGAAUAGGUUAAGUAUGCAAUUUGUGUUUUAUUUAUUCGUUUCUGAAAAAGAGAUGCAAUGUGGCUUCACUCGGGAAAAGCAUUUGCAUGGAGUAUUUGUUGCUGUAUUUUAGUAGUACAACUAAUCAAAGACCUUCAAAACAGCAACUGAAGCAACACCCACCCAGUGAGGAAAAAAAAAGUGAAACAGCUUUCUGCUGCAGAUCUUCAUGUUGAGGCCUGGUCCUGUGAGGGGCCAAGUAGCCUUUAAGGUACCAACCACCUUCAUUUUUGCCAGUAGGAACAAAGGAUGCUUGGGCUAUUCUUGAAUUAGGCCAGUAGCUUGUUUGGCUUCAGCUUCUUACUUAGUUACAGUCCUUGUGUUCCAGCUGUCACUAACGCUGCCAGCUGAGCCUGCCCUCGCUCCCCCUGUCUGUCCCUGUGCCUUUGGCAGAGGCCACAGAGGAAGGCAAUGCUCCCCGAGUUACCACCAAUUAACCUUUCCUGAUUGCCCGGGGAGGACACCAGGUCUGAUUUCAGAUGCCCAAAUCACAUGCUGAGGUGAGCCCCUGCGGUUUCCUGAACCAGGGGAGCCGAGAGCCUCCAGGAGCCAGCAGCUCCCACCACAGUGGCUGAGGAGACCAGGCAGGAGCAACGGUGGCCAAGCCCUCUCCCCGUAUAAAAGAAGCUCUUGGGGACCAGGGUGGGCAAACAGGGAUGGCACGACAGUUUGUGCAGGAAGGGUUCUGAAGCUCAGAAGGGUGCUGAAAGACAAGCCGACAGGGAAGACGACACUGUCCUGGCUGAACAGAGAGCUUUGGCUGGAAUUCAGAAAUAAAUGUAGAGUUUAUAACCUCUGGAAGGAAGGGGCAGGCAAGGCAGGAGGACUACAAGGAGGUCUUGAGGUCGUGCAGGGAGAAAAUUGGAAGGCCCAAAGCCCAACUAGAACUUAAUCUAGCUACUGCCAUAAAAGACAAUAAAAAAUGCCAAAAAGACCAAUAAAAAAAGGAGGGCUAAGGAGAAUCUCCAUCCUUUUGGAUGCGGCAGGAAACAUAGUGGGAAACAUGAGGAAAAGGCUGAGGUACUUGAUGCCUUCUUUGCCUCGGUCUUUAAUAGUAAGACCAUGUGUUCUCCGGGUACCCAGCCCCCUGAGCUGAAAGACGGGUAGGGAGCAGAAUGAAGCUCCUAUAAUCCAAGGAGAAAUGGACAGUGAUGUGCUACACCCCUUAGACACACACAGCUCUGUGGGGCAGGAAGGGAUCCACCCAAGGGAUCUGAAGGGAGCUGGCAUUGAAGCCAGGUGGGCGUCAUUCCCUUCUCCCAACUAACAGGCCAUGAGGAAAUGUCCUCAAGUUGGGCCAGGGGAGGUUUAAAUUGGAUAUUAGGAAAAAUUAACUUCACCAAAAGGGUUGUGAAGCAUUGGAACAGGCUGCCUGGGGAAGUGGUGGAGUUGCCAUCCCUGCAGGUAUUUCAGACGGGUAGACAUGGUGCUGUGGGACAUGGUUUAGUGGUGGUUUUGGCAGUGUUAGGUUAAUGGUUGGGCUCGACGGUCUUAAAGGUCUUUUGCAACUUAGAUGAUGCUGUUCUGUUCUAUUCAAAAGAUUCUGUUUCUUUUGUGUGGUCCCAGUUUUCUCUGUCAGCUCAAGCUUAUCUGUCUGGGGGAGACUUUCUUGAGAAAGAGUAAUUUGGGCUCGAGAUGGGCUGCCCUCACUCUCUGAAGCAUUCGGCUGAAUGAAACGUUUGUGUUCCAUGUAAGAAGUGAAGAAACAAGUGACAGUUUCUGUUUCCGGCGUAGCUUUUAGUUUUCCCUACCCAAAAAGGAACAGACAGCCGUCCUUUAAAAGGAAAGCAUUUUUUAAUGGCACGUUUGCUGGACAUACAAUAUAAAUACUUACAUUGACAGACUAUACUACUCGAUUGGGAGUUUUUCCUAUUGAUUUUCUUUACCUCUAAGUAUUUCAGCAUCUCUACUUUUAAAAAAACCCACCACCACAGUUUCCUGGCAGACAACAGAAAUGAGAAACAGGAAAAUCAAAUGGUGGCAUCAUUAUAUUAUUUUUUGAUCAGUGUAUGCCCCAGCACACACAAUAUUGCUGGCACUGGCUUUUAAAAGACAACUGCUGUAAUAAGAGGCCUUACUCUUCAUUUUUUUUUAAAUACUAUAUUUAUUUUUCUUUGCAUCAGCAAAUCUCAAGAUUUUUCUUCUAAAAAGAAUCCCUAGGAGGCAGACAGGGCUCAACAGACACAACCACUGCCAGUGGCUGUUUCCAACACGGACCGUCCCUGCACGGCUGAGACGGGGACAUUCAGGGAGAGGCACCUCCUGCAGCCCUGGGCUCUGUGCCUGGGACAGGCUCUGGCACUAAAUUCUGAGUCACUCGAUCCUGAAAGAUGGCACCUGCGGUUAUACCCUCCCAGCUCUGAUAGGAAAUGCAGAAGAGGUAUAGUAAUAUAUUAAAAAAAAAACCAAAAAAACCCAAACCCCCACAAAAAAACCCAUCCCAAAACCCCA